CCAAAGAUUUCUCCCUACAAAUAGCACUCCCAUCCAACAAACUCCCAUCACAUAAUAAUAUAAUCCUCAAAAUCUCCAAUAAUAAUCUCAUUAAGUUUCACAAAAAAUGGACUCAUCACCAUUAUUUUCCUAUCCCCACCGGCUUCCGAUCAUCAUCGCGGUGGCCAUAACCGGAUUCGCCGCCGUCUCCCGGGCAUCCCCGUCGUCGCUGGCGGACGCGGACGCCAAGGCCUUCGUGGACCUGCACAACAGGGCCCGCGCGGAGGUGGGCGUGGGGCCGGUGAGAUGGAACGCGAGCAUAGCGUGGUACGCGAAGGCGUACGCGGCCAGGAGGGCGGCGGACUGCGCGCUGGAGCACUCGGACGGGCCCUACGGGGAGUGCAUAUCCCAGGGGGGUGGGGAGAUGUCGGUGGCGGACGCCGUGAGGGAGUGGACGGACGAGAAGAGGUUCUACAACUACGAGAGGAACGAGUGCGAGGGCGGCGAGGAGUGCCGGCACUACACGAGCGUGGUUUGCCGCCUCACCACCGACAUCGGGUGCGCCAGGAUCAAGUGCCGCAAUGGGGCCGGGUGGUUCGCCACCUGCAACUAUUGGCCGUCCUACGACGGCCAGCGUCCUUAUUGAUGCAUGAGAUCCAUUAAUUACUUAAAUUAAUUAAUUGGAUUCUAAAGGAUGUGUGGGUAUGAUUGAGCUACAUAUAUUAGACAAUGUAAACAGGGAAAUUAUUUGCAAUUUUGGGCAUUGUUAUUGUUCCUUUUUCUUUUCUGAAACAGUUUCUGUCCUUCUUGAUAAAGGAGGAGCGUGUCAAAUAAAGAUUCAUUGGUAAAUCAAUCUCGUGUCUUAUG